GUUGACGGAAGAUUUAGGCUGGGUAACAUUCUGGGAUCUGGGUCAUAUGCUGUUGUAUACCGCGCACAGAACUUCCUCAAUGAUGAUGUAGUUGCCAUCAAACUUGAGCCCCUCACCUCUCGCCCAUCUUCUGUGGAGUGCGAAUACAAAAUUCUGAAACGACUUGGAAAUGGAGUUGGGAUCCCCUGUGUCAUUUGGUUCGGUAGGGAGUCGACAUAUCAUGCUUUGGCUCUCGAACUCCUUGGCCCAUCAUUGCAUGAUAUCUUCAAGGCACGCAACCGAAAAUUCAGCCUUCACACUGUUGUGAAUAUAGGAGACCAGCUGCUUUCACGCCUCGAGUACAUUCACUCAUACGGCUACAUUCACGGUGAUAUCAAACCACAGAACAUUUUAGUGGGUCUUGGCGAGUCAACGCAAACUCUCUUUGUUGUCGAUUUUGGUAUCGCAAAGAUGUACUGGAAUGCUGCAACUGAAACACAUAUACCAUUUCGCCGGGGCCAACCUCUCACAGGCACUCCUGCCUUCGCUUCAAUCAACAACCACUUGGGCUUGGAGCCCGGUUGUCGUGAUGACCUCAAGUCGUUUUCAUAUAUGUUGAUCUAUUUCUUGCUUGGCUCCCUUCCAUGGCUAACCAGCAACCACGAGAAGCUCUCCACCUCUGACAUACUCGAAUGCAAAGUGGACACCACCAUCGCAGAUUUAUGUGAUGGUGUUCCUCCUGAAUUCGCAAACCUUCUAGUCUACUCGCAGUCUCUUUCGUUCUCAGAAGAUCCUGACUACGAUUACCUUUGCUCAUUGCUUCGCGGUCUUCACACCACAGAAAUUGGCUUGCUGGAUUUCAUCCAGCCCAAUGACCCUGUCAUACAUUCUCCAACCUCCAACAUUCACUCGGUGGCUGAGGUGGUGUUGCUGUGCCUACCAAAACCAACACCUGUUCACAAAUCAACUCGUGUGUGA